AGGUGGAGCUCGUUUUAACCACGUUGUGUGUAGUUUUGUGUGAACUUUCUGGGGAAAUGCUAAGACCUGGACCUAAGCAGCGCUGUGAUUGGCUCCUGGGUCGUGUGACGCAAUUCUCCAAGCAAAGAGCAAAAUAAAUGCUCUCCGGUGUUCAGACCGCGUCUGAGUCCUGUCCCAGAAAAGCGCCGCAAACUUUUCCGACCUAGCAGAGAAAACUCAUGUAAGAAAACGGAUGACGGAUCGCCUCGAAGCUGGAUUCGUGUGGCCGCCUAGUUUUCCCGCUGUGUUUUCAGAGACUUUAGACCGGUGGUCGGUUUGGUUUGCUUGUUUUUUAAAAUUUUUUUUAACGCGAAGUCCAGGUCUCCGGGAUUCGCCUCUCAUCUCGAAGUUCCCAAGAUGAACUUCGGUCCGGUGGUCGGGAAACUUUCUACUCAGGUGUUGGUGGCAGCACUCCUCUUUGGGCUGGUGUGUCACGCAGCCGACCCUCCAGCAUCUCAGUGGUCCAGCGAUGAAUACAGAAACCUCACCCUCCGACGACCCAGGACCUGCGUCGAGAACGAGCAGUACCUCCACCAGGGACUCUGCUGCCUCAAUUGCCAGGCUGGAACCUUUGUGCAGAAGGCCUGUGAAAGAGACCUGGAACAAGGGACCUGUCUUCCCUGUGAGCAUGGACAGACUUACACCGAACACUCCAACGGGAUGAACCGCUGCCUGCCGUGCACCCACUGCCGCUCAGAUGAGUUUGAAACUGUCCCCUGCACCCCAACCAGAGACACCAAGUGCCAGUGCAAGCUGGGGACGUUCUGUGUUCCAGAUCAGGCCUGUGAGGUCUGCAAACGUUGUGCCACGUGUAAAAAGGGGGAGGAGGAGGUGAAGAAGUGCACCCCAUUUUCUAACACAGUGUGUCGAAAACGGGCUCCAUCCCCUACAGAAACCUCCCCAGCUCUUCCUACGCCGACCCCUUCAACUCCAGGGGACUUUGUUAUUCCUUUAUGUAUAUUCGUGGUCUUCCUCCUCAUUUUUCUUGCUGGACUGGCCGUGUGGUUCAUCAAGCAGCAUUCAUGUGAAAUACCAUGUUCAAAGGGCCAUUGUGAUUCCCGUGAAAUUGUGAAAAUUCCUAUUGAUGAGAGUGGAGCCACAGCAGAGGAGAGACAGAAUAAUCAGAAUGCGGGUCUGGAGAGCGAGGAGCCCCGGCCGGAGUCACGACCCCUGCUGCAGGAGACCCAGGCUGGGAUAACCAAGUCUCCCCCCCUCGAAGAUGAGGACCGAGGACUGGGGGACAGUUUGCCCAACACCACCAGUUCGUCUCAGACCAGUCUGUCGGCCCUGCCCACAGCGGCUUCCUCUGGCAACACUCCACACCAGAGCCCCAACGCCUUCAGACCGCCGCCUGCAGACAUGGAUGAUCCUCUGCGACAUCAAUUGGUGCCACUACUAGGGUCAGAAAAAUCCCUAAAGAAGAGCUUUGAUUUGUUCGAUGAGUACCUGGACGUGCGGAUCCACAACAAGUUCUUCAGAAUGCUUGGAGUCAGUGACAACCACAUUCGGAUUGCAGAAAACGGCGCCUCUGGUGACAAAGUUUACGAACUGCUGAAGAACUGGAUGCAGAGCCAGGGACUGAAAGCCGACAUUAACGACCUGUUAGAGGUGUUGCUUAGCAUGGACCAGCGCCGCUCGGCUGAGAACAUCGCUUCUAAGGCUCUGAGGAGAGGCUACUACAAGCACGCAGACACACGGGGGCCGCAAGUGAAGUAAACACAUUUAACGCAAGAACAACUAAAAGCACACAGACACUGUCGGUGGACGCCGUGUCUCACGAACAGGCUUACCUCUUUGUGGCUGACGAGCCACGUAUUCAAAAGCCAGUAGUUUUAAGAAGAAAAAAACAAAAAGGGGAAGGUCGCGUCGUAUUGAUCAGUGCUCUGAGGACGUUGACCAUCUGCCAAAUAUGGCAAAUGGAGAAGAAGUUUUGUGGUCAAGCAGCGUUACCACCACAGACGACCGUAAAAACGUUUUCAGAAAGAGCAGGGGGGGGAAAUGAAGGCGUCAACUUCGGCAGGCAGACACGGCUGCAUGUUUCCAGGCUGUAACGAAGCAACGCACAGCCGAAUACUGAAAGCUUAGAAGUUUCCGGGCAUGUGUCUCAUCUGGUCGUCUGCCCAGAUCAUAGUUCACUACCUGGAGACAAGGAUAUACACUGGUUUGUAGGAGUGGCAUUAAGCUAUGUCACUAAUACUGUGCCUCUUUGAUGCACUGACCUCUGGCACAUGUAGGAUUUAAAACUACAAUCAUGCUAUGUUUGGUUGUUUUGUUUUUUGUUUUUUGUUUUUUUUUUUUAGGCUCCCUGAAACCAUAUGUAACAGUCCAUGAGUAAUUUCCUGACUAAUAAUAGGAAAAUAUUGUCCGUUUGUUAUGGCAACAGUUAGUGUGCAGCCUUACUAAUCAUAAACUUUACCUCUUCAAUGCCAUUUGAUAACCUAAAUUUACUUUUAGGUAUGUUGUUUUUAUAACGAUUUCGUUCAAAGUGGCUCAGAAAUGUCCGGUUUUGUACAAUCAGGCCACAUUGUAGAAAUGUUUUCUCUAUUUUGUCGUCUAGUCUUUUAUUUGUUCAGUGUUACUACUCUUUCAUGACAUUGGAGAAGGAAUUUCACAAGCUGUUUCUGUCGGAACAACUGUUAUUAGUUUAGUCCAAUUUUUUCCAGAAUGUUUUCAAGUGACUUAGAAAACGUCAAAGGUCGUUUUAUUUAUUGAUAUAUUUAUUUUAAUGAAUAAUAAUUAUCUUUUAUUAUUUAUACCAUUGUCAAAAGCGACCCUGGAAAACAAGCACACUGUCUAAAUUGUGUUGUGAUGAUGUUUAGCUACAGGGCAACAUGACUGACAUCAAAUUUUUUUCAAGGUGUGGCUGAGACGUGUCGUGUUGGGUUAAACUCCGCUCCUGCUCGCUGCACUGCGUUUAGCGCAACACUUCGGUCCACACUGUCCAUUUGUCCAUGUUACUUGUGCCAUUUCUUCGCAGAUGAGCUUCCUCUUUUGACCACAUUCAUCACGGCGUUGAAGGUGAAAAUGAGGGCUGACCUGUCGAGUCCAGCUGUUUUUAGUUGACCGACUGACCGAAUAGUCUUUUCUGUGCGUGUCAGCGGUGACGUGAGGUGCAGGUACGGAUUGUUUUGUCUUAGUUAGACUCAGACAAGAUGAAGGAAACUUUUUUUCUGGAUUAAAAUAAAAAAAAAAGAAGCUCAAUUUUAUUUCCCCUGUUCUGUCCCGUGUACAUACGAAUGUCCGGAGAGCAUUGACGCCUCACAAAAUGUAUAUGUAUAUAUUCAGCUCUGUUAACAAACCAAAAUGAAUAUAGUGAGGAAUGAAGCUAUUGGAGACAACACACAGACCAGAGUGGUGGCGAUGGCUGAUGUUGUGACAUUUUAAACUAGAAUUUGCCCGUUUUUCUGCAGUCUCUUAUGUAUAAAGCACAGAGUUACAGAGUUAUAUAUUAUUGCUGACGAGUGAUGCUACAGUGCUGGCACUGCCAUCUAUUGACAGACAAUGAAAUUACAGCCUGCAUCAAUUUCUAGGGACCCUAUACACUGCUCUCUCACUCAGCCUUCUUCUUUUUUAUUUUUUCCAGCUCAUAGCCUUUCGUCUCUCAGCCUCUCCUGAAGUAGCAUAGCAGUGAAUAGGCUUCAUGCAUGUUCGUGUGAGUGUAUGUCUCUUUUUUUUUUUUUUUAAAUAUACUUUCUGUGUUUUUACAUAUUCCACUGCAAGUCCUAAGCUGUUCAAUAGUGCUCCAGCUUUCUGUUCAGCAUUACCGUUAAGCCAUUUCCCUCUUAGUUAUUGUUUGCUUGUCAUGGAUUUCAGAUUUAAAUUAUGCAAAUACAACAAAGCUGUUUUUAUGUCAAUUUCAAAUAAAUGUUUUGUACAGAUAA